AUGAUACAUUUUGCAGAAGAAUUUAAACUCAACAUAAUUCUUCGAUAUUAUAAUGGAGAAAAAAUAGUCACAAAUAAUAUUAAACAUGGUGAAAGAACAAUUAAAAUAUUUUUAAUACGUUGGAAGAAUAAUUUUCAUUAUGUACCUGAUGAAAAAGUACCAUUAACUACAUACUUUAUUCAUCAUUAUGAAGAAAUAGUAAAUUAUUGUAAUGAAAAUGGAAAGGAUAUAGAAAAAUUCUUCAAUGUUACUAAAAAAGAAGGGGAAAUAUAUAAACACUCUCUAAAUAAUUAUAUUCCAGUAUAUAAAUGUUUAAGUCUAUUGAGAGAUGCUGGAGCUAUUAAAGAAAUUGUAAGAAAUGAUAUGAUUAAGAAAAAAUAUUAUGACUCUUUUCUAUUCUCACCAGAAAAUAUUUCUUUAACAUAUGAAGAGUCAAAAUUAAUUGUAGAAGAUAAAAAGAGUGAAACUACUAAUACAUUAUUGUUUGCUGAUUUUGAAUGUUUCACCUCUGGUGAUUAUCACAAGCCAUAUUGUAUUAUUGUUAUGAAUGAAGUUGGUGCGUGGAAGAAAUUUUAUGGUAUGAAUUGCGCAGAAAGAUUUAUUGAUUAUCUUCAAACUAUAGAGUCACCCCUUUGUUACUUCCAUAACUUAGGAUAUGAUGGAAGAUUUUUAGCAAAAUAUGGAAUUAUUAAUAUAGUUAAAAAGGGGAAGAUGAUAUAUAAAAUGACAAUAAAAAUAAAUGGAAAGAAGAUAGUAUUUAAAGAUACACUUGCUUUAAUACCAACAAGCAUAUCUAAUUUUAAAACAUUCUUUAAAUUAGAUGGAAAUUAUGAAAAAGAAAUAUUUCCUUAUAAUUAUUAUAAUGAGGAGACAAUGAGAAUUGGAGUAAUUGAAAAUUGUUGGAAUAAAGAAACUCCUAGUUGGUCAUUAGAAAAAAUUGCACAAUUUAAAGAGAAUUUAAUAAAAAAUAGGUGUUGUAUAAAUGAAACCGAAUUUAACGCAGAAAAAUACUGUGAAUAUUAUUGUUUAAGGAACGUAUUAGUGUUAAGAGAAGGAUUUUUAAAAUAUAAGAAGAUGAUGAAAGAAAAUUUAAAUUUGGAAUGCACCCAAUUUUCCACCUUAAGUGCAUUAUCUUAUUAUUACUUUAAAAAUAACUGCUUUGUAAAAGAUUUCUUAUUUGAAUAUACUGGUAAUGUAAGAGAGUAUAUUAAAAAAUCAGUUUAUGGUGGUAGAAAUAUGUUAGGUGAAAAUAAAAAACAUAUGGUUAAUAAAGAAAUAGUAGACUUUGAUGCUUGCAGUCUUUAUCCAUCAGCAGUUGCAAGACUAUUUCUUCCUUCUGGAGCACCCCGGUUUAUUCAAAGAAAAGAUUAA